AUGACGGCUUCUCAGGCGCCCGAGGCGGCCCCGCAUCUGGGCCGCCAUUCAGCUCGUAAGAAAGAUGAUGGGGGAAAGAAAUCUCGCAAAAAAAGGAAAGUCAACACAUGCGAACAAGAGCAGACGUUUCCGUCAGACUCUGACAACGUAGAGAGGGCUCCAACUGGCCUUUCGUCGGAUCCCUGUGUCGAGCCUCACAAACCUGCUAAAGUAGAUGCAGAGAAACCGCUUACCAAAAAAAAGAAAUCCAAAAAAGCGCAUGCAGCAACUAAAGAGAAGGAUGCUGGAGGUGUAGUGGCCUGUGAGCCAGAGAGCUCACUUGCUGCAGAAGGAACCGACGAAGAGGAAACAGCAGCAGCAACAGCAGAAAAGGAGUCGGCAGAGGCAGGCACCGAAGCAGAAGAAACAGGAUCAGAAGACGAACAGGCCGCUUCAGAUGCAGAAGAAGCAGCAAAUAAGGAAGAAAAUGCAUCAGAGGUUAUUGUGUAUAGACAGAAUGAAAUUAUCGAUUCAUCUCAAAGCUUUAAGGAUUUCGCAGCGACACAUUUAGACAGAAGGCUUACCAAGGCACUCAUUGAUGACCUAAAGCUCCAACAUCCAACACAUGUCCAGUCUAAGCGGCUGCUGCAGUUGCAGCAGCAGCAGCAACAGAGGGGAGAGACUGCCGAGCUUCCCCCCCUCUGUGCUCUGGUCUUGGUUCCGACGAAGGAGCUCUGCAUUCAGGUUUAUGAUGUUCUGACGUCUCUUCUGAAGUAUACUAAGGACGUUGUGACUGUCUCGCAUACGGCCAGCCCAGCUGGGGGCCCCGGAAAGCUGUUAGGCCCCCCCACGGUGAUGGUA